AUGGCCAUACUUGGACUUUUACCACAACUUGCAACAAACAACCCCAUUUUGACUGUUCUCCCUUUAUCAACUGUAGUCUUUUUCACUGCUAUGAAAGAUGCUAUCGAGGAUAGAAAUAGACAUGAAAUAGACAAGAAAUUCAAUAGUGAUACUUGUUAUGUAUUGCAAAAUUUUUAUAAUGUAAAUUAUCCUCGAGAAAAAUUAAUUACUGCUUGGGAAAAAAUAUUGUAUAAAUUAUUCUUUAAAUCCGACAAAAAAGGUGUUGAUGAAGAAUCUCCACCAUCAGAACCGUCAAAUACUAUAGAUGGAAGUGCUAUAUCAACUUAUGUAUUGAAAGAUCAAGUACCUGAUGCUGUUGAAAGAUUAGAUUCAAAUAGAGACUCAAUUGAAUUGGCUUCAUUUGUCACUUUUUGUACCGAUUCCAAUUUCUUGUCAUUUGCUGAUCCUGAAUUAUUUAGAGAUCUUAGAGCUCAAAAAAAAGAUAAUUAUAACGAUAGUAAAAUUGAAUAUGAAAUCAAUGACGAUAACAUUGGCGGCAGUAGCAGUGCAAAGAGAAAAGUCAGAGAAUCAUUUAUUAAUAUUAAUAGUAUACUACCAUCAUUGAAAGCUCUUGAUUCAGUUACAAAUCUAGUUGGCCCAUCAAAUCCUGAGGCUUUUCAUUCAGUGAUAUGUUGUCGUGUAAGUCCUUUACAAAAAGCUUUUGUUGUAGAGCUAAUAAGAACAGGUAAAAGGACUACAACUUUGGCCAUCGGAGAUGGUGCUAAUGAUGUAAGUAUGAUUCAAGCAGCAAAUGUUGGUAUUGGAAUAUCUGGACAAGAAGGAGUUCAAGCAUCAAUGGCAGCUGAUUAUUCUAUGCCACAAUUUCGUUUUCUUGGAAAUUUAUUAUUAGUACAUGGCCAUUGGGAUUACUUGAGAAUUUCUGAAAUGAUAUUGAAUUUCUUUUAUAAGAAUGUGAUAUGGGUAUUUCCUGUAUUAUGGUAUCAAAUAUUUUGCCUUUUUGUACAACUUUACAACAUGAUAUUUACAGUCGCACCUGUAAUUGUAUUAGGUGCAAUGGACCAAUCGGUCAGAGCGGCAGCUGGUCCAAUUGAAUUUUCUACAGCAGUAGCAGUUUCAGUGAUAGUGAUAGCAAAUCUGUUUGUUAGCUAUAAUACUUACCAUUGGACAUUUUUUACUUGGGCAUCUUUAGUCGUAGAAAUUUUUUCAGUAUUUGCGUUCGUUACAAUUUACGGGAUGUUUGUGGAUAGUCCAAUAUAUGGAAUUGGUGCACAGUUGUUCAGUGAGCCGAUAUUUUGGUUUGGAUUAUUAUUCGUAAUUUGGUUGUCAUUGUUACCAAGAUAUAUUAUAACAUUCGUUAAACAAUGGUGGUAUCCAGAUAAUUUGGAUUUGGCGAGACAAAUUAGAAAAAAAGAAAAAUUGGAAAAACAUUCAAUAAUUACAAGAGAAGUAGCAAAUGAAUCACCAAAGAGAAAACCUAAAGAAAAGAUAUCACCACCUACAAUUCAUGUCGAAUUUGUAGAAUAA